AUGGGAAAAAAGACAUCUACAGUAGCCGGUCGCGCUUGGCGUCUCCUCCGUCUUCCCCUGCUCAGGACUAGGAAGGGGGCAGAAUUGAAGCCACGCUCGCUCGACGACUCCCGCGCUCUAAACAGCGACACUUACAUCUCGCAUUACAGCGAACGCGAAUUCUCAUUCGAUGACACCCCGUCCUACCAAUCAAAGACUCACCACCGCUCCGCUUCCCUCUGCUUUCUCCCCUGCCUCACACCAACCGCCGACUUCGAAAGCGACGAAGAUUGGGAUUCAAUAGAAAAGAAGUACAUGGAGGUGGAGGAGAGUGAUCAAGAUCUUAACGAUCAUAUCAUCGACGAGGAGGAAGAUAGGGAUUCACAGACUUCUUGGUCUGAUGCAACGCUGGAGAAGGUGGUUGAUGAGGAGGACCAGGAGAUUGAUUCAAGGGCUGAAAAGUUUAUCACGGAGUUCUACGAGAAAAUCAAGCUGCAACGCCAUUAUUCACCUUUGGGCCGGGCAUCAUAA